CAACAAACGCAAUGAAUUUGCAUUGAAUUGAAUGGCAAUUAAAUUACUGUUCAAACAAAAGCCACAGGAAUUGACGGAUCAGUUGAUUAUCAUUAGUCUUAAGCACUGAAUCCAUGGACACAAUCGAUAGCAAAAUGAGCGCUGAAUUGGGCGAAGAAGAGGCGAAUUCAGUGGAGAAUCGAGUGAUAGAUCUGUUGAACAGCUCGAUGUACUCGACCUCCGAGUCGGAAAAGGUGUCAAAUCUGGUGAAAGUGCAGGAACUGGUACUUCAUAACGAUCUGUUGGACAACUUCUUGGACGAGAUCCUGGGCUUCCAGAAUGACAGGGAUGUGGAAGUGAGACGUUUUGUGGUGGGCUUUGUGGAGAACGCCUGCAAAAAGGAUUCCGAUUACUUCCCGAAAGUGAUUAUGAACUUAAAGGUGAUGUUCGCCGACGACAGCCCUAAUGUCGUGAAGAAAGCCAUACAAACAGCCAAUCAGUUGUACAAAGUGUUCAUCAAAUGGGUGUCGAAGGCGAAGGUCACUGAUUUGGUUGAGUCCACGUAUGAGGUGUGGCUUCAGAUCAAAGAGCAUUUGUUCGCUCUGUUGGACACCGCAGACAACGACGGCAUCCGCACCCAAGUCAUCAAAUUCAUGGAAAUGAUUGUCAUCUGCCAGACACCCAAAGACCAGUUCAGUACUGGCGAUGAGUUCAAUGUGGACCACAUGUCGGCCAAUGAGUUGAUGGAUGUGUCCGCUCUGGAGGAAGAGGCCAAACAGGUCUUCGAGUCGCUGAUCAUAUUUCACGGAACGCCUCACAUAUCGAGCGUCAACUUAAUGGCAACGAUGCAGACGCUGACACUCGUCGCCAGACAGCGAUCGCAACUGUUCUUCUCGAAAGUGAUCCAAGCGUUGGAAGCACUUCACGCCAACCUUCCGCCCACUUUAGCCAAGUCUCAGGUGAACUCCGUUCGCAAACAACUCAAACUUCAGCUCUUGAUUCUCCUGAAACACCCGAUCGCGUCGGCGUCGCCUCCCUUUCAGAGCCAAAUCAGUCAACUGUUGACAGAUUUAGGCGCCUCUCAGUCGGAGAUCAAUAAGUGUCUCAAUGAGAACCGGAAGCGAGCCAUUAAGUUGGAGCCCAAAGACACUGAAGUGAAACGAAUCAAAUUAGAGGCCGACGACGAGGAGGACGACAACGAACCGGUUGUUCCGCCCGCGAAGAUCUCCAGAAAUGAGGCCAACACUGCCAUUGAUAUAACUGCCGAAGACAUUAUCCCGCGUUUGAAUGUUAUAUCGAAUGUCAGUGAUUUAGUUCUGGUAUCGAUGCUAUCGCUGCCCGACUCUAUGCCCGACCACUUCCAGGCCUCGUACACACCAGUGGCCGCCGCCGGCACCGCCUCUCAAAUCAAACAUUUGGCUCGACUUCUGGCUUCCCAAUUGACGGCCGCCGGACUCGGAAAAGGUGUGGAGGAAAUGGUGGACAAAAUGACGAACUCAUCGAAAAAGCAAUUGAGUGCCGAACAGAACAUCGAACAGAACCAGAAGAUAGCGAUAGUCAUCGGACAGACCAUCGCUCAGGAGUUGAAAAAACAAGAGCAACAACAGCAACAACACCAGCAAAAAGUACGGCUCCAGCAGUCGGGCAAACAGUUGAGUGGAAGCGUACGAAUAAAACAAUUAAAUUUGGCUGAAAUUACUAAACCAUUGAACGAAGAGACCAAAAGCCGAAUGGCUUUGGAGGCAAUCAAUAGGAUUCUGAAAGACGACAAAAAAGUCUUUUUCUCGACCUCUCAGUUGGAAACGAGAGUUAAGUUAUUAGCGAUGCUUUCGUGUGAAUAUCACGACUCAUCUAAUAUCGAGUCUCUAAUCAAAAGCUAUGCCUUCGAAGACAUCAGGAAUAGACAUGAAAUCAUAUUUAGUACUCUCUAUAAUGAGUUUGUUUUGGCCAAAAAACGCGGCAAUGAUUUCACUCACUAUUCCCAGUAUUUGUUGAAAACACUUCAGGAUCUGAUGACUAAAACAGAACUCAAAGAUCGCGACCACUUUCUCACUAAGUUCUACAUCGAGUGUCCGCUACUCACCGAUCAAUCCAUUGAAUUACUCAAACAUUUUAUUUUAAAUGACAAUUUGUAUGCUUUGAGUGUUAGUACAGGUAUUAACAUAUUGAAGGACUUGAUUGAAAAGAAGCGAAAGCAAAGCGUUAGCUUAUUAUCUCUUUUACUGGAUUUGUGUCUCCAGUCAGAGAUGUCGGACGUUAGGACACAAUCUGUGAAAACUGCAAAGAGUUUACACGAAUCACAAGAUGACAAUAGUAUUAGACUUCCUAUAGAAGAGUUUGCUCUCAAGACGUUGAGGUAUUUACUGGAAGCCAAACCCCCGGCCCUUAUAGACAAAGAGAAUGUCGGCGUUUGGAGCGAUGAUAUCAUUAAGUUAUGUCUCGUUUUAUAUUUGAGUCUUUUGCCAACGAAUCACAAACUUAUACACGACUUAGCGGUCGUGUAUGUCGGCACCAGUGCUGACACUAAACGCAUUAUAUUAAGAGUACUCGAAGGCCCUGUCAAAGGCAUGGGAAUGAAUUCACCCGAACUAUUACUUCUGGUCGAGAACUGUCCAAAAGGUGCCGAAACACUAGUGACUAGAAUUAUACACGUAUUGACUGACAAACAGCCGCCGAGUGCUGAAUUGGUUUCAAGAGUCAGAGAUUUGUACCAUAAAAGAGUUCCAGACGUGAGGUUUUUGAUCCCAGUUCUUAACGGCUUAUCCAAAGGUGAAGUCAUAGCAGCGCUGCCCAAACUCAUCAAAUUGAAUCCCAUUGUCGUCAAAGAAGUGUUCAAUCGUCUACUUGGAGCCCACGUGGAGUCGGGCACUAAUUUUCAGAGUCCGUUAAGUCCGGCAGAACUACUCGUGGCCUUACAUACAAUCGACACAACAAAAUGUGAGAUUAAGACUAUAAUAAAGGCCACGAACUUGUGUUUCGCUGAGACCAACAUCUAUACGGCAGAGGUAUUGGCAAUUGUGAUGCAACUGCUGAUGGAAAACAAUCCAUUGCCCACUUUACUCAUGCGGACAGUCAUUCAGAGUCUGUCUCAAUACCCGCGCCUAAUUGGCUUUGUUAUGAAUAUAUUGCAGCGAUUGAUACUAAAGCAGGUCUGGAAACAGAAAAGAGUUUGGGAGGGAUUCAUAAAGUGCUGCCAAAGAACUAAACCCCAAAGUUUUCAAGUGUUACUCCAACUCCCGGCUCCUCAACUCAAAGCAGUGUUUGUGUCGAGUCCUGACUUACAGCCGGCUCUUCAACAACACGCCGAGACAUUCACAGACCACCAGCGCUCACAUAUACCUCAACAGAUUUUAGACAUUAUUUUCCAAUCCACUGAUACAACCAAUGAGUCACAACCUAAUGAAACAGUCCCCGAGACUCCCAAUCAAGAGCCAGAGUCACUCAGUGAACAGAUAUCUACAUAAGAACAACCCAUUUUCACGACUAAAGCCCAUGUCUUCCACAUUGACCCGCAAACCAAGAGGUCAUGGAUUCCCGCGAGUUCUCAAGCGGUUAACGUUAGCUUCUUCUAUGACUCCAACAGAAACUUAUAUCGGAUUAUAAGUGUUGAAUCAACUAAGUUUAUCGAGAAAUUCCAAGAAGUGAAGGAAGCGACCAGAAGUGCGGCUCAACAUAAGGCUCAGUACUCUAACGGCACAAUCGGCUCACAACAUGUCACGAAUGCCAACCAAAACGCUAAUAACCGGGACUCCAAUCAGAACAACGAUUUGGCAAACGAUGAUAUGAUAGUUAAGGGCCCUAACAGUCAAUUAUGUGUCGACCCAUCAGUUAGCGUAACACUUCCUAUCCAUACCAAUGAACACAAAGGCUCUCUCGUCGCUCACCAAAGAAGUCAGAGUCUGUCCGGACUUCAGGCCAACAAAUUAUUGACAGAGAGCCCCAAAUAUGGUCAAAAGGAUAAGCAGUCAAUGGGAUCGGCAUCACUGCCACAGUCCUCGGCGGAGGCACAACUCAGAUAUGAAAACGAUAGACUCAAACUAGCACUCGCACAGAGUUCAACAAAUGCUAAGAAAUGGGAAAUAGAGUUACAAACUCUUAAAAGUAAUAACACGCGACUGACUAAUGCUCUUCAGGAGUCAACGGCUAAUGUAGAGGAAUGGAAACGACAGUUACAGACAUUGAAAGAGGAGAACAAUAAAAUGAGACAUAAAGUGAUAGAACUGGAGGCCAGUAAUGGAAAUCCAGAAGCGAUGGCAGAACUCCGCAAAGAGAUGGGAAGCUUGAGGUCGAGAGCUGAACAUCUGGACUCAGAGGUGCGACAAAAGGAUAAAGAAAUGGAACAAAUGAAGAAACGUCUGGACGAUCAAAGCCACAUAUAUAGCACUUCCCAUAAAGUGGAGGACAAACUUAAGGCUUUACUCCAUGAGAACGAGAAUCUUCGGACUCAAUUGAAUCGAUUACACGAUCAAAACGAUAACAACAAGAUUACAGACAAAGCCCGACAAGGAUUUCUGGAACAACUGAACAAACGUUUAGCUCAAAACAUUCAAGAACUCCGAUGUAUUCAACAAGAAUUCGCCGCUUUGUUGAACACUUCCUGA